AUGGCCAGCCCCACCGACGCAACACUGCAGGCCAUCCUCGCAGGCCUCCCGCCGCUCGCACACCCAUCUCGCGUCAUCACCGCCGUCGACGCCGCCGGGGAGGCCCGUCUCGCGUCCUCCGUCGCCGCCGCGCUCGACCGCCGCGACGUCUCAGGCGGGGACACUGCGCUGCACCUCGCCAGAGUUGAGCACGGACAGCGGGAUCUGCGGCACCGCGCCCUUGAGGAAACCGCAGCCGGGUACCCAUCUGCGACGACCCCCGCGCGCAGCUCCCGCACCGCCGCCAGGUGCCGCGCCACCGCGAACGCGACGCCCAAAACGCGCACCUCCCGCAGCUCCCGCACACAGAGUAGAAAGCUUCAGAGUAGAAAGCUUCAGAAUACAAACUAUGUUAGCGUUUACAUGGAAAAAGGAGAGGAAAAAUCUGAGGUGACAUGGCUACGAUUGCUUCUUGAGGACUUUGGUGUGCCUACCACUGCACCCACUCCUCUCUCUUCUGACAGCACCGGUGCGAUCAGUAUUGCUCGGGACCCGGUCAAGCAUGAGCUCACCAAACACAUUGGCGUUGAUGCUUCCUACAUGAGAUCGCAGGUUCAGUUAGCUGAUUUCUUCACCAAGGCACAUAACCGGGCUCAACAUAGAUUCCUACUCUCCAAACUCAGUGUUGUAGAUCCACCAUGA